AUGCGACGCGCCUCUUCGACAUCUUCCACUUACUCUCACGUCUCGGAUGUCUCUUCCUCUGGUGAUGCUCUCAGACCCACCUUGUCUCGCGCGUCCAGUACAGCAUGCUCGGACGAUGGCUCGCUAUCUACACCGUCCUUCCGCACUCAUCACUCGAGUGCAUCCGCAUCCAUGGAGGGCAUCGAUCUGCUUGGUUCUUCCGCUUCCGCCGCCGCGUUGCCUCUGAGUGACUUGUUCGAGACCUAUUUUUCACCGCGCAUCGACCUCGCCGGGCGCAAGUGGUCCGCCUUUUCCGGCGACAUGCGUUCGCGCGCACGUCGGAGGCGCGAAGAGCUCGUCCGCAAAGCGCGUUCCAAACGAGAGUUGCAGCAGAUGGACGAUGAACUCACCAAGAUGCGCUUACGCGUCUCUAAACGUAUCGAAAACCUGCAACAGAAAUGGAUGGAUGCUAAGGUGGUCCGUUUGCGCGACAAGAUCUCGUUCGUCGUGGGCGUAUGCAACCUCGUGGUUAGCUCAUUGGUCUUUGCGCUCAGACCCGAGCUGAUACCGACAUUGUACUCGCUUCUGGCGCUGUACUUCUUACCACUGAGGGUGUGGUCGUAUACCAGCAAAAAGUGGCAUUACUUUUUGUUUGACUUCUGCUAUUUCUUGAACGUCGCCAAUUUGCUCUUCAUUUGGGUGUUUCCCAGCUCGGAAUUCUUAUUCACUGUGUGCUACUGUGCUGCACACGGCCCGCUGGCGUUCAGUGUCGCCACAUGGCGUAAUAGUCUGGUCUUCCACUCGCUCGAAAAAAUGACUUCGCUCUUCAUCCACCUCUACCCACCUUUCGUCUUCACCACCAUGGUCCACUUUAUGCCGCACGAUGAGGCGGUCUCGAGGUUCCCAGCUUUGAAGAAUCUGAUCACAUUGAACGGAUACACGAGUUUCUGGUUUAACGUGACGAUCUACCUAAUCUGGCAACUGGUCUAUUACGAACUCAUCGUGAUCCGCAAGAAAAGCAAGAUCGAAACAGGAGAACGGAUCAAUUCAUACUCGACCAUGAGCAAAGGCAAAGGCCCAGUUGCCAACUUGCUCGGGAAAGCACCACCCAAAAGAAGGGAACCAGCAUUCAUGCUGCUGCAAUUCGUCUAUACCAUCAUCACCACCUUGCCGGCACCGUUGCUGCUCUAUCCGAACAGAACGGCUUCCGCAGUCUUCUUUGCCGGCAUUUUCGUUAUCAGUGUAUGGAACGGUGCUUCGUACUACGUCGAAGUGUUUGGAAGGAGGUUUGAAAAGGAGUUGUUGCAGUUGAGGAGCGAGUUGGAGCUCAUCCGUACCGCCGAGAAGGUGGUAGCUGAUGCCGGCAAGAAGCACAAGUCUGGAAUGGAACAGGAAGGGCAUGUGGAAGAGGAUCGAGACGAGGAUAAGGAGCAACAGGCUGCGGCUGCGGCUGCGGCUGCGGCUAGUGGUUUGCCGCAAGCUGGAGAGAAUAAGAAGGAUCAGUAA